CUUACUACAAUUGUCAUUUGCCACUCAUCAAAGAGCAUGGCAUUUACACCUCGCUGUCUCAUCCUACUCCAUAUUACCAUUCCCUUUUGUCUAUGUAAUUAAUAGCGAGUCCCACUAUUAUCAAGAAUCCAUCUUCAUUCUGUGUGAUAGCUUAAGAGAAAGUUCAAUGAAAAUUUUCCAUUCACAACUCACAAUAUACAAUGCACUCUCCAUUAUUCAGUCUUAGUCUAAUCUUUACCUUCUUCCUUCUCUCCUCUGCCACUCAUAUACACCACCAUCGUAGGCUUCUUCAUCAACCUUUUUUCCCCUUCAAUCAUCCAACUUCAACUUCAUCCAUUAAUAAAACUAAACCUCCAUCUCCUUCUCCUCCUUUUCAUCCAUUUUUCUCACUUUUUCCUCCUCCGCCUCCUCCUUCGCCGUCUUUCGAUGAUCUUACCACUUUCCCUGCCAACAUUUCCUCACUCAUUCUCCCACACUCCUCACAUUCCUCUAAUAAUUCUAUCAACAGCAAAUUCAUUGGCAUCCUCAUAUCCGUUUCAAUCCUCUCUGCUGCGUUCGUCACUCUCCUCGUUCUUUUCUUCUUCCUUUAUCAUCACCGUCCCCAACGCGAAGACAAAAGCUAUGAUGAUGACAAGAGAAGUGAUAGUCUCCAGCCUGUCUUGCCUAAUACAACCCCUUCUAACAUAGACAUCGGUCGUGCAACUAAGAAAAAAUUGCCGCUUGUGAGUUUUAGAGAAGUAAAUGAAGAUGUUGCUCAAUCUUCUACAGCUUCAGAUGAUGACUUUGUCCCAAACUACCAAAGACUCGAAUCACCGGAACUCCACCCUCUCCCUCCAUUGGCACGUCAACAUUUCAAACAACAUCCUAAAAUUGGAGAGGCUGGAUCAUUUGAAGAUGACAAGGAAGAAUUCUUCUCCCCCGGAGCAUCCUCUGGGGAUAAAGGUAGUCCCGAAUUCAUGCAGAGGAGUUUCCAUGCACCUUUUGCAGGUUCUUCGCAGAACCAGAAUCAAUAUAUGAGUUACAGUUCUUCAAACGAUUCAUUAUCAAAUAGUCCUUCGGGAGAAUUGAAGAGUUUGGUAAAAUUUCCAGCACGGUCGAGGUUUACUUUUCCACCAGUGGAACAGAUGUCAAUGUCAUCAUCUUCAAUAUCUUCUGGCAGUACUCAUAAUUCCCCUGAUUCUCAAAUUUCAAGUUCCUCAGCGCAGAAUCCCGAGUUGUCUAUGAGUAAAUUUGGAAACUCAGGGAGGUAUGUACCUAUAAAAAUUCCACCACCACCACCACUGCCACCAAAGCUGAGGUUCUGGUGGGCCAUCAAUGCCCGAAGUUCGACAGUACUUAAACCUCGUGUACUAGUUGAAAAUGGUGGGCCAUCGAUGCCCCGCCUGUUCCAGAGUGCUAAUGGCAAUUCUGAAAGUUCAAAAGCAGUUGAAAGGAGGAAUGAAGAAAGUAUGAAGCCAAAGCUGAAGCCUCUGCACUGGGAUAAAGUCAGAGCCAGCUCAGAUAGAGCAAUGGUUUGGGAUCAACUAAAACCUAGCUCUUUUUGGUUAAAUGAGGAGAUGUUUGAAACAUUAUUCACUGUAAAUUCUUCAAAUUUGAAUUCAAAAGAUGGUGUAAGGCACCCAAUUAUUACUGUGAUGAAUCAAGAGAACCAGGUGCUUCACCUAAAGAAGUCUCAGAAUAUUGCAAUUUUGUUGAGAGCACUUCAGAUCACUAGUGAUGAAGUUUAUGAAGCGCUUGUAGAAGGUAAUGCUAACACACUCGGAACGGAGCUACUGGAGACUCUAAUAAAGAUGGCUCCCACGAAAGAAGAAGAACAGAAGCUGAAGGAUAUCAAAGAUGAAUCGCAGUUCCAGUUAGGCCCUGCUGAGGAAUUUCUCAAAGCAGUGCUAGAUAUACCAUUUGCAUUCAAGAGGGUGGAUGCAAUGCUUUACAUUGCUAGUUUUGAUUCAGAGGUUGAAUACCUUAAGAGAUCAUUUCAGACAUUAAAGACUGCAUGUGAAGAAUUAAGGAAUAGCAAGACAUUUGUAAAGCUCCUGGAAGCUGUACUCAAAACCGGUAACCGCAUGAAUGUGGGAACGAACAGAGGUGAUGCACGUGCCUUCAAGCUUGAUACCCUUCUUAAGCUCGUAGAUAUUAAAGGCGCUGACGGGAAAACCACCCUUUUGCAUUUUGUUAUUCAUGAAACUAUUAGAGCAGAAGGUCCUCGUCUUUCUGAUGCUGAUGAGGCUGAUCUGACUCCAAAUCUAGAAAAGAAUCAUCAAUCUUCCAGUCGCGAUGAGGCUGAAUUUAGAAACGGGCUUCAGGUUAUUUUGAAUUUGAGCCAUGAGCUCGCCAAUGUGAAGAAAGCAGCUGCCAUGGACUCAGAUAUUCUUAGCAAUGAAGUUGCAAAACUAGAAGCAGGAAUUGCUAAGAUUACUGAUGUUCUAAAGCUGAAUCAAGAGUUGGUUUUAGAUGAAAGUAGUAGAAAGUUCUCCGAGUCGAUGAAUGGAUUCUUGAAUAAAGCAGAGGGAGAAAUUAUCAACAUACAAGCCCAAGAGGAUGUAGCUCUAUCCAUGGUAAAGGAGCUAACAGAAUAUUUCCAUGGUGAUUUGGCCGCCAAGGAAGAAUCUCGACUGAUCAGGAUAUUUAUGGUAGUUAGGGACUUCCUCUCUAUCCUUGAUCAAGUGUGCAAAGAUUUGGGAAAAUAAGAGAGCAAACAUUGACGGUUAAUAAGAGAGCAAGAUGAAUCAACUAGAUAUGCCUGUUUGAUGUCCCAGGUGGACUUUUUGUUUCUCUUCUGUAUUUUGUAUAUCAUAUGUAGGUAAAUCCUGGAGGUCUUUCAUCUCUAUAUGUAUUUAUAUGCAUUAUACUGAGAUCUUACUCAGAGGCGAAUUUAUGCUUAAAAUUUGGGUCACGUGAACACAUGGUCAUUCGACUAAACUUGAUAUAUUAUGUGUAUAAUUUUGAAAAUAUAUCUAAUAUUAACUGAAAGAACACAUAGUCAAACUAGGCUGAGUGUAGCACUGGUUAGAGACUAUGUUUAUUUCCUCAAGGUCUUGGGAUCAAA